AUGGCGAUCGGAAGACCGGCGGACCGGGACGGCCGGAGAUCGGAAGCGGGUUUCGACAAUGGGGCAGAGAAGGGUUCAAACGGUUUUGCGAAGUUCUACGUGGCAAGGUUACCGGAGAGAUGUAGCUCGAAAGAUAUAUCGAAAUCUUUAGAACCAUAUGGGAAGGUUGAGGGAGUGUAUGUUGCGAGAAAAAGAGACAAGAAUGGUUUCCGUUUCGGUUUCGCCAGCUUCAGCGGAGUAAAGGAUGUGGAGGAACUGGAAAAAAAGAUGAAAAACGUAUGGAUGGGCAGCUACAGACUUUUCAUCAAUAUAGCCAGGUUCACCGCGGAUAACGACGACGUGAGGGGUAAUCGGGACAGCAAGGGUAAGAAGAAGAUACAGGGACACAGAACCCAGGAAGUUAGAUAUCAAGCUUACAAGGAUCAGGGAGGCAGUAGUUCCAGGCCUUUCGCUCCCAGCGGUAAGUCUUACGCAGAUGUUCUGUCCGGCAAUCAACAAGAGGUUGGUAUCAUGAAAGAAGUGGUGGCCUCAGUGUUCGCUAAGGCUUUCGAGGAGUUACAUGGUAAGGCGAUAAUCGGGCGAAAGCGAAGGAUUUAUGGACGCUUUGGGAAGAUGAAUGUGCUGUUGAAGGAAGAAAAAUAUGGUGAUACGACAAUCAAGUAUCUUGGCGGUCUAAGUAUACUUUUAGUCUUCAAGUCGAGCUUCGAAGCUGAUAUUUUCAGGGCCGACAUUCCUGGAUUUGGGUGGUUUGACAGCGUGGAGUCAUGGACAGGUCAAAUGAUUGCUUUCGAGAGACUUGCCUGGCUUAAUAUUUACGGCGUUCCGCUUCAUCUGUCCGGUAAUGAAACAUUCGACUCGGUGGGAAGAUGUUUCGGUAAAGUCAUACACGCAUCGCAACGACAACCGGAAGACAACAUUUUAACUUGA